CCCCUCAUCCGAGCACGACGGGCAAGCAGCGGAGUUUGCUCCAGGAGAAUGCAAAUAGAGUUAUUCAUUUAUACAUUGUGUAACAUUUGAAGCUGCCGCUGGGACAGACAGCAGAAUGGCUGGUCUCAAGUAUUUGUGUGGAUUUGGGAAUGAAUUCUCCUCAGAAGACCCUCGCUGUCCUGGUUCUUUACCUGAAGGACAGAACAAUCCUCAGGUGUGCCCGUACGGCCUUUAUGCAGAACAACUCUCCGGCUCGGCCUUCACCUGCCCGCGACCGGCCAAUAAGAGGAGUUGGCUUUAUCGCGUUCUACCGUCCGUCAAGCAUAAACCGUUUAUCCCUGCACCCUGUGGGAAUUUGACAGACAAGUGGGAUGAGGUGGAGCCAAAUCCUAACCAGAUGCGAUGGCGGCCAUUUUCAGUCCCUAAGUCUACAGAGAAGAUCGUCGACUUUGUGGCUGGUCUUCACACCAUCUGCGGUGCUGGCGAUGCUAAAUCCCGCAAUGGUAUUAGCAUCCACGUGUACGCCUGCAACACGUCCAUGAUAAACAAAUGCUUCAACAACUCUGAUGGAGACUUUCUGAUCGUGCCGCAGCAAGGUGAGCUCUUGAUCACCACAGAGUUUGGCAAGAUGAUGGUCGAGCCCAACGAGAUAUGUGUCAUUCAGCAAGGAAUGCGCUUCAGUGUGGACGUGUUUGGAGAAACCAGAGGUUAUAUUCUGGAGGUGUAUGGAGCACAUUUUGAACUUCCUGAUCUGGGGCCUAUAGGUGCUAACGGUCUGGCCAACCCAAGAGACUUCUUGUGUCCGGUGGCAUGGUACGAGGAUCGCCAAGUGUCCACGGGUUACGCCGUCGUCAAUAAGUACCAAGGGAAGCUCUUCGCCUGCCAACAGGAUUUCUCCCCCUUCAAUGUGGUCGCCUGGCACGGCAACUACACACCGUACAAGUACAACCUCGCCAACUUUAUGGUCAUCAACUGUGUGGCUUUUGACCAUGCAGAUCCGUCCAUCUUUACUGUGUUGACAGCCAAAUCCACCAAACCAGGCGUGGCUAUUGCUGACUUUGUCAUCUUCCCCCCACGCUGGGGUGUGGCUGACCAUACCUUUCGUCCACCGUAUUAUCACCGUAACUGCAUGAGUGAAUUCAUGGGGCUGAUAAAGGGACACUACGAAGCGAAAGAGGAGGGUUUCCAACCGGGUGGGGCCAGUCUCCACAGCAUCAUGACCCCACACGGCCCUGACGCCGAGUGUUUUGAAAAGAACAGCGUCGCUGUGCUAAAACCAGAGAGGGUGGCUGAAGGAACCAUGGCAUUCAUGUUCGAGUCAUCCUUGAGUAUGGCUGUGACCAAGUGGGGUCUGGAGACAUGCCAGAAGCUGGACCACAGUUACUAUCAGUGCUGGGAGCACCUGCGCAGCCAUUUUAAUCCCAAUUGGAAGCCCAGUAAACACUAGAUAACUCCAAAUCGAGGUCAACAAGACUGUAGAUGGAAAUAUUUGUAUUCAAAUUUCAUGUAUUCACUGUAAAACUGUGCUUAAAUCAUUUAACACAGUCUUGUAUGUGAUGGAUUCAAAACAAAUCUGGGAUGUUGAACAUUCAUUCAAUCCUUUAUGCUGCAUUUGAGGAAGGUGGGAAAUCGGAAUUAAGACUCGGAUGGUACCACACUGCAAAUGUAUAGCUUUUUUUUUUUUUAAUAUAGUCAAAUAAUUUUCUCCAUCUUGUUUUAAGUGUUAGACUAGUUUACAGAUUAAUGCGUCAGAUUAUUCCAUUUAGGUAAAUAUUACUGUGUUUAUUAAGCCCAUACAUCUAAAAGUUAAUUAUUUUUCACCUAAAUCAAGAAAGAUUUGCUUUCAAAUAAUGUUUAAAACAUUUAAAUGGGUUUUUGCAGUGCAGUUGUGAUCUUACAGUGUUCCAAGCGAAUGUAAACUGCAAAUGUGGCUGAUCGUGACAAGUCUGUUUUUUUAAGUUUGGCCAUCAAAGCACGUUUUGACCUCCGGCAAACCUGCCUUCUCCUAAGUGAUCAAAUAGUGGAGGGAAAAAUGGCGGCUAAGGUAAGUAGCGCACACUGUAUACUGCCUUCUUUAGUUACAUCCUUGCUGAAAGUCGAUGUCAAAAAAUAAUUACAAAUCCUUUAAGCUAAUUCACUAUACAAGAAAAAGUACUUGAUGUCUCAAACUUAAUUAUUGUGUCAUCAAUAUGUUGUCUUGAGCGCCAUUUGGUAGAGUGACGUCAGAUUGAAGCAACUACUCGUGAAGUCAGGGUACUUUUGUCCCCCAAAUUCACGACUAGGACCUCGCAGUUCGAGUGGCGUUCCAAUUAUCUGGUCGAAGGUUGGAAAACUCCCGACUUCCUACCUUCCUCGAAUGCAGCAUUAAUUCAUGACUGAUCCUGCCCUCCUAUGUGUAAUUCCCAUUCUACAGAAUAAAUGUAUAAAAUCCACACCUUUGAUUAUGACAGUAUACUUUAUUUUGUUUAUAAUUACACCAAAAUGUGAAACAGGUUGGUCUUUGUACAGCUGAGUUUACGAUGACAUACUGAACUUGCGUACCAGAGUUCCAUCUUUAAUUUGCUGCUCUCGCCUAUCCUGUAACCAAAACACAAACAAAAUAUAAGUGUGGUACACACAUUGAUAUUUCUGCUGCAUUUGAGCUUUUUAUAAAAUAAUCUUUUAAAUUAUUUUCUGAGUGGUUCUCCAGUGGUUUUGGGUAUGCUUUGUAAUGAUUAACAUAAGAUUCAUGUUGUCUAUACAAUGUAAAAUUCCAGCCAACUACAGCUGUCCUGAAUAGUCGACGUCAUCAAUGACGUAAAUGGGUCGACGAGCACAAAAUCUCGUUGACGUUUAACGAAGGGUUUAAAAAAUGUAUGUGUGGAAAGUUGAAAAUGUUGGAC